CAUCCCCACCCCGAUCCCGACCCCCUUGGGAGCCUGACGGACGGAGGGACGUGGGGCCGCGCCCGGAGCCAUAACCAGAAGCAUAAUGUUGCUGUUGCCGGGCGCCCCGGACGGCCAGUGCACGGCCGUGACCCGAGCCCUCUCCGUCGCUUCUGCACUAUGUCAGGUGGAACCUGUGGGAAGAUGGUUUGAAGCGUUUAUUAAGAGGAGAAAUAGGAAUGUUUCAGCCUCUUUUCAGGAACUGGAGGAGAAGAAAGAACUGUCCGAAGAGUCAGAAGAUGAAGAAUUGCAGAUAGAGGAAUUUCCUAUGUUGAAAACCCUUGAUCCAAAAGACUGGAAGAAUCAGGAUCACUAUGCUGUUCUUGGUCUCGGACACGUAAGAUACAGAGCUACUCAGAAGCAGAUCAAAGCAGCUCAUAAGGCAAUGGUUUUGAAACACCAUCCAGACAAACGGAAAGCAGCCGGAGAACCAAUAGCAGAAGGGGAAAAUGACUAUUUUACAUGCAUAACUAAAGCUUAUGAAAUGCUGUCUGACCCUGUGAAAAGACGGGCAUUCAACAGUAUAGAUCCCACUUUUGAUAAUUCAGUUCCUUCCAAAAGUGAAGCAAAGGACAGUUUCUUUGAAGUGUUUUCUCCCGUGUUUGAAAGGAAUUCCAGGUGGUCAAGUAAGAAAAACGUUCCUAAACUCGGGGAUAUGCACUCGUCAUUUGAAGAUGUGGAUGCAUUUUAUUCCUUCUGGUAUAAUUUUGAUUCUUGGCGAGAAUUUUCUUAUUUAGACGAAGAAGAAAAAGAGAAGGCAGAAUGUCGGGAUGAGAGGAGGUGGAUCGAAAAGCAGAACCGAGCGGCGCGGGCCCAGAGGAAGAAAGAAGAAAUGAACAGGAUCAGAACCUUGGUCGACAAUGCCUACAGCUGUGACCCUCGCAUCAAAAAAUUCAAGGAAGAGGAAAAAGCUAAGAAAGAAGCAGAGAAGAAAGCAAAAGUGGAAGCAAAACGCAAGGAGCAAGAAGCGAAAGAGAAACAAAGACAAGCAGAAUUGGAAGCGGCUCGGUUAGCUAAAGAGAAGGAAGAGGAGGAAGUCAGACAGCAAGCAUUGCUGGCGAAGAAAGAGAAGGAGAUUCAGAAGAAGGCGAUUAAAAAGGAAAGGCAAAAACUGCGCACUUCAUGCAAGAACUGGAAUUACUUUUCGGACAAUGAGGCGGAGUGUGUUAAAAUGAUGGAGGAGGUGGAAAAGCUGUGUGAUCGACUUGAAUUAGCAAGCCUGCAAUGCUUGAAUGAAACACUGACAUCGACUACCAAGGAAGGAGGAAAGGCUGCUGUGGAAAAACAGAUAGAAGAAGUCAAUGAGCAAAUAAGGAAAGAGAAGGAAGAAGAUGAGGCUCGAAUGCGACAGGCAUCUAAGAGUACCGAGAAGUCGAUGGGUGGAGGCGGAGGGGGUGGCAAAAAUUGGUCCGAAGAUGACUUACAGCUGUUGAUUAAAGCCGUGAACCUUUUCCCUGCUGGCACUAAUUCAAGGUGGGAAGUGAUUGCCAAUUAUAUGAAUUUGCACUCUACUUCUGGAACAAAGAGAACAGCAAAGGAUGUCAUUGUCAAGGCAAAGAGCCUCCAAAAGCUUGAUCCCCAUCAGAAAGAUGACAUAAACAAAAAAGCUUUCGAUAAAUUUAAGAAGGAGCACGGAGCGGUGCCUCAGUCGGACAGCGCCGCCCCCUCAGAACGGUUUGAAGGUCCGUGUACAGAUUCCACUCCUUGGACCACCGAAGAACAAAAGCUUUUAGAACAAGCCCUGAAGACUUACCCAGUAAAUACGCCAGAGAGAUGGGAAAAAAUAGCAGCAGCUGUUCCUGGCAGAUCAAAGAAAGACUGCAUGAAACGUUAUAAGGAACUCGUUGAAAUGGUGAAAGCCAAGAAAGCGGCCCAAGAACAAGUGAUGAAUGCUGCUAAAGCCAGGAAAUGACUCUCGAUAGACAAUCUUUGUUGUGGGUUUUUUGGUUGUUUUAUAAUAAAACUGCAAAUAUUGUA